GCGACUUAUGGAAACAUCCAGUGCCAGUUGGAGCUUGUCGCUCGCUCUUUUGCUCCAUAUUUUUCCCAAUAAGUUGCAUAAUAUAGAGACAUGCGACUCGAGGUUGACACGGUAUGAUACUAAUCGAUUUUAAAUGCUGUUAACAGAAAAAAUAUCACAUAACGGGUCUUGUUUAAAAAACCAUAGUAAUCUAUGAAUGUUUUUUUUUUUUGAAGACCCGUUACUUUCAAUAAUAUUGCCACCGUUUUGUGUCAAAAUCAACUAUCAAAAUCAAUUUGUCAUCAUCAUCAUCAAAAUUUCCGUCUGCAUUCAUCCAUUCCAUUUUCGCCUAAUGUCUUUUAAAAAUUCCUUAGUCAAAUCACUCAAAUCAGCCAAGCUUUAUGGACGCUACAUAUGCCGACCGGCAGUGCCAGUGAAUUCUUUGCAAACAGGCAUGUCUGCUAACAAAUAUUCCAAAAUCCAAGAAAAAAUUCACAAAUGUUCCCGAUAUACGAUUCAACAAAAAGCUACUGAUUGGGAUAAAGUUUACACUUACAAAAAUUUAACGGAAAACUACGAUUUUUUGAAUAAGGUUAUGCAAGAAAAAAAGCUGUGUUUCGAUCGAAUUAAGAAAAUCCAAAACCAUUGGCAUGAUGUUGCAAGAACAAGGAGGGUAAGGAACAAGGUUGCACCUCAAACCCAUUACCAACCCAACCAACCUGAUUCUGAUUUAUGGAAGAAAGUAAAGGAAAUGUACAAGAACUCGGACUUGUUAAUUGAACCUGAACCAGUAUCUUUGAAUUAUUGAUUACAAUAAUAAUAAACUUAUUUUAUACACUUUA